AUCCACCGCUGUCCAAUCUACACCCCUCCAUCAUCCAUCUCCAGCCAUGUCGUCGCUCGACGCCACGCGCGACUGGCUCAAGAACGUCCUCCGCCCAUAUCCGAGUCACGAGCGUAUCCUCUCCGAGGUACUCGGCGUGCUCAGCUCGUAUCGCACCCUCCAAGUCAAGACGGAUGCCUUCACGUUCGACUCGGGGCAGACUGCCCUCCUCCUCCUUCUGCACGGUACACUGCCCAUCAACUAUCGUGGUGCGACGUACCAGAUUCCGGUCCACGUUUGGGUGCCCCAUGAGUAUCCCCGCCGACCACCUAUGGCCUUCGUUGUGCCCACGAAGGAGAUGGGAGUGCGCAAAAGCCGCGAGGUGGACCCAGGAGGCCGCGUGCGCGAGGAGGUUGUCGAACAUUGGUGGGCGAGCUGGCCAUCCCCUAAUCGCGACAUUCCCACUCUCCUCAACAAGCUCGCCGAGAUCUUCUCCGCCACGCCGCCCGUAUACGCCAAACCGCCUGAAAGGCCUUCCUCCCAGCCCCGUUCCCCUGCCCAGUUAUCCGCGCCGCAGCCCGUUCCUCCCCCAAGACCAUACUCAAACGGCGAAGCGCUACCAACAUAUGCGCGCCGACAGGGCUCUUUGCCGGGCUCAAGCGACCGCGCUUCGCCCACGCCGAUGCCUGGCUCGCCUCCCGUCCCUCUCCGACCUGGACAAGUGCCACCCGUACCACAUCGCCCGCAGUUUCCACCCCCACGCGCGGGGACGCAAAGUCCGCAGCCAUUCUCGCCCGUGUCGUCGGCCGGCGGGGGGUCAUGGCAUGGCCCACCGGUGCUGCCUGCACCAUUCCUGCCAGGCCAGCAUGGCCCCCUAGGUCAGCAGCCGCCUCCCCCACCACCUCCUCCCCCGCAGAUGCCGAUGCCGCCAUAUCCCCCGCAGCCGCCUCCUCAGCAGAUGUGGAGUCCAGUGCCAGGGCUGGCGCCGCAGCAGCAGCAGCCUCAACCUCCUCAGCCUCCGCCCCUUCCUCCCCAUCUCCAAUCUCCUCGGCAACCUGAGCAGCCUCAGCACCCUCGGGAACCUCAGCAUCCUCAGCCUCCCUACGGUCAACCGGGCCCAGGCUAUCCCCAGUAUGCCCCGCAGGCCUUCCAGCAACCCCCGCCUCCCACCCUACCCCCGCAACGCCCACCAGACCUCAUGUCGUCGUCUCCUGAGACAACAACCGCUGCUCUCCCGGACCCCGCCGACGCGCCACCCAUCCCCCCUUCCAAGCCGCCCCCACCCUCGGUGCUGCAUCUGCACGCCGUCCUCUUGCCUCACCUCGCCGCCUCCCUCCCGCCACUCAUGCACUCGCUGCAAUCGCAGAAGGCGCAACUCGUCGAGCGACGCGAGGAUCUCGCGACCGGCGAGCCGGCAAUCCGAGACGAGAUGGCGCGCCUCGAAGCUGUCAAGAAGGUGUGCGAUGCCGUCGGUGGGCGCAUGCAGGAGGUCGUAAACAAGGGGGAGGCGCGCGUCGCGGAGCUCGAGCAGCGCGGCGACGUGAGCGUCGACGAGGUCGUGUGCAGCAUCUCGAUCGUGCAUAAUCAACUCGUGGAUCUCGUGGCGGAAGACAACGCGCUCAGCGACACGAUGUAUCAUCUUACGCGAGCGCUCGACGCCGAGCGCAUCGACCUCGACCGAUAUCUCAAGGCCGUGCGGUCGCUUGCGCGCGAGCAGUACAUGAAGCGCGCGCUCAUCGAGCGCAUUCAAGAGGGCAUGGGACAGGCGUCGUGGUCCUCGUAAGGCCAUGCGCUGCCUAGUUUUAAUAGAGUGUCAUUAGCAUGUCAUACGCAGGUAGGACUAAGAUGCAUAGCCUAAUCCAACAGUCUC